AUGGCGUCUCUCCCUAAAGCCGCAGCUGUUCCAGUGCCAUCUUCUGUUGUUAAAAAUUGCUGUCCCCUCGAAAACGAACCAAUACUUGAGCCAGAAGCGGAUCACACGGAUUCUGUUGCUCAGAAGAAGAAGAAGAAGAAGCCAAAGAAAUCCGCAGCAGCCAAAGCGAAAGAUACAGCCGCCAAAAAGGCCGCUGAGUCUGGAGAAGCAGAGGGGCGUCCAUCAGUGCUGUGCAUCAGUAGGAAUAAACACUGGAAGUAUAUCAGCUCGUAUCAUGGACCAUGGCUUCAAUUGCCUGUGGAAUUGCUCGAGUCCCUAUUUGCAUUAAAUCUGGAUCCAGCAACUCUUACAGUUCCGGAACCAAUUCCUCAACCAUUCAGUAGUUCCAGGAUUCCAAUCACCGGUACCACAAAUCUAAAGCUGCGUGACCGAGGCUUCGAAAGCCUCAGAUCCGAGCUUGACUCUCCCGGAGGAGGCCGAUUCAUUGACCAUGAACACUAUAUGUUAACUACCACAACGCAGCUUCCACCACCAUCUCCUUUACCGUUGCUUAAACCAGGUACCGCUCCUCCCCCUCCUAUAGACCCUGGAGUGUUAAAAAAUGUAGCUUCAAUCCGUCGUUUGAUUGACGAAGCCGCGGAACUAUCUGUACGUGCCUCGUCCGGACUUUCUGCAGCAGAGUUAUCUUCCCCCGGUGUAUUUGGUGGUAUGAGCGGUUAUGCAUUGAAUGGAAGUACGUGGGCCGCUGCCCAAACACUUGGAAUCAACCCUUUGGGUGGAAAUGGUGGCAGAAACGUCGCGAUGAGUGCGAUGAGAAUUCACAGACUAAGAGCACUUGCAGUUCAGAAGUUGGCACAGGCGUACAAGGCAGACGAGAUUGCGUCUAGUGUGAUGGUGAUGCAGGGCGGUAGUGUUUUUGACGACGUCGCGGAGAAAGUAUUGAAAGUUGAUCCAAAUGACGCUGAUGCAAAAUAUGUUCACUUUUUCCAUGAAAAGAUACCUUCCCGGCAAUUAGCCGAAUCUACAACAACACAAAUUCUAGACGAAUUAAUUGCGGCAAAUCCCCAGCGGCUCGAAUUCUUCCGCACCAGAGGCGUCGUUCACUGUUUCCGAGAUGAAUAUACUCAGGCAAUCAAAGACUUUACACAUGCAUUGAAGGAGGCGCGAGCAGUCCGUAGAGCUAAAAUGCUGAGGCACGAUCACAAAGACUUCGACAACCCAGGUGGGAAGGGCAACAUGCGGGAGAAAGGUGGUCGGGGUGCAGGUGCAAGUGGUAAGAAGAAGAAAGGUAGGAAUACUGGCGGUGGAAGAAGGCGAACAAAUGGGCAAGCUCCUCCCAAUGGAACUAGUGCAGCCGCUGAAGAUGGAGAUGAGGAGGCCAGUGGCGAAGGGGAUAGUGCGAUGGGUGAUGUUGGCGACCUCCCACCGCCGCUUCACCCUUCUGCACUCCCUGACGCUCCUGACCCCAUUGAACCUCAACUCCUAUUUCUGCGCGGCUCAGCAUAUCUACAAAAAGCCGUUCACUUAAUCGAACUCACUGUUUUGGACGUCGAGGGCCUCGACGAAAACGCAAGACCCAAAGAAGUGACUUUCAAAUCCAAACAUUAUUUCAAAAAUAACCCACCUAACCACUACGCCUUCGAUACCUCCGAGUUGCGUCUGUGCUAUUUACAGGAUAGCUUAUAUGGUGGCGUCGAGAUCGGAAACCCGGGAGGUCCUUUAGGAUCAUCUGACGGACCGAAAUUGAAAGCCUAUCGAAAGGCCUUAGCAGCGGAUGGGUUUCGCGAACAAAUCACGUCGUACAUUAAGAAAGGUAUACGGGAUCAUGAACGCUUUCUAAGCCAUUUCGAUACGCUGGAGGCUGAUCCCAGUCAUGAGAAAGGGAAAGGUGGUACGGGGCGGGAGGAUUUGAAGGAACAGACGCAGUAUGCUUUCACGUUAUCAGAGUCUACUAGACCAGGUAACUACUCCACUUCUUCUGGCUCUUCUUCUCCUUACACGGGCUAUUCCACCCACAUCCCUCCUCCUGUUACGAUGUUUACGACCUAUCAUCCACUCGUUGUGGAGUCUCACUACACGAUUCUGCUUGCGCUCCUUAUGCUAGGAGACUUUUCUCGAAUUCUUCCUACUUUCAUCAGAACUGCUUCUCUGGUGGAUGGACUCGAAGGAUAUCCUGUAUUUUUACCGCCCCGGUCCAUGGCUCAAGCAGAGUUCGUGGAAGUCCUAGAACGACUGGCAGGCGGCUGGAAGAAGGGCCACUUUGAAGAUGAGUAUGCUCUGGUACUUCGUGGAAGGAACGCAACGACCCCUCCUUCAUCGCUUCCCGUCAGUCGGGCUGCAUCAAUAUAUAGUCCGGCUUCAACCUCAGGCUCCUCGAGUCCUACUACCACGACCACAGACCUUUAUGACGAUGUACUUGGUACUGAGUCCUCAGCCACUGACGUCGGUGAAGGCGGGUCUUCUACCUCUGAACCCGGCUGUAGCGCAAGUGCUUCAACUGCUACUGCAAGUUCGGCCUCAGUGGACACUUUUGCUUCGUCGACAAUCUCCUCAAACGUUUCUCCAAGACCUGAUGCCGCUGAUGCUCUUGACAGUCUGCGUAUCCUUCUUGCUCCGGUGAUUGCUAGGCAACGGGAGCGUGCAGAAGCGGCGGCGGCGGAGAAGAAGAAGGAGAAGACCAAAGGAAAGCGGAAAGGAGGUCAAGACUCUCCAAUGCCACUCAAUAUUCCCCUGCAUGGUCCACGAGUGGAGGUUGUUCUGGCGUGGUUGGCAGCUGUCCAUCUUCCUGAGUUGGAUGUCUAG